ACUUAUCUCUUUUUCCUUUUUACAGAUGAAUAUUUCCGCGGCACGACCUAUUAACAAAAAAUGAUGAAAUCCAUCCGAAAAGAAUUGGCGCGUUACCCGGGUAAAAAGGUUCUUCCAUUAACAGAGCCGCGGUUGAAACCGUUCGACGUUGAAGCCACUUUCGCGGAAGUAGCACUGGCAAGAAAAGAGCACACGAGAAAAUAUCACGGCCCCGACUCGCUCUUGUACUCGGCUAUUUACCCCGUGGUGUGCAUAAUGAAAGUGUUCGGUUUGGCGCCCUACGAUUUCACAGGUGACGAGAUAACACCCUCGAACGCCUGCCUCCUAUUCUCGUUCGCCUUUAUUGGUGUUUAUUGCCACAUCAUAUACAUCGUGUACAAAAGAUUCCUCGGCAUAAGGAGGGACAAAGCGAUUCUCAGCGUGGUGGAAACGACCAAGGUAACCGUCAAUUACCUGGUGGCUAUGUACGAUAUAAUUUCCACGAUAUUCACGAGGAAAAGGUUCAGCCGAAUUUGGAACGCCCAGCAAGAUUUCGACGAGAGGCUGAGCCAAUUAGGGUAUCCGCGAAAAGAGACCAAGGUCAAGAUCGCGAUUUGGAUACUUUUGGCGAGUCAGAUCGUUACUUGGACGGCCGUUAAUCAGAGUGGGAUGUUUGCUUUCGAAGAGACGUGGACGUUCAACGUGAGUUACAUGUGUCCUUACAUCGGCACUGCGACAGCUGUGUACAAAUUUUUCGGAAUGGUAAGCUUUCUCGGCCUCCGUUUCCAUCAGCUCAAUCAAAUCGCGAAAGAGAAUUUACCCCCCAAAGUUGGAUAUAAAAGUAGCAACAUCAGCAGACAGACAAUCCAAGAUUUACACAACGAUUUGAUGCUAUCUAGCGAGACACUAGGGUCUCUUUACUCGUGGUCGCUAUUGUUCUGGCUUGGAAAUUUGAGUAUACACAGCGUCAGCAAUUUGUACUUCAUCAUCGAUUGGGUCAUCUUGACACCCUGGACCAACAUUGCUUGGCCUCUCAUAUUCAACAUGUGGUGUUGGCUGAUCGGAUUUAUAACCCAGCUUUUGGCCCUUCAUAUCGCUUGCGAUUAUACGAUAAACGAGGCUAACUUUAUGAGCGCCAUUCUCAUCGAAUGGGAAGCAAGAACACUACAAAAAUUUCCAUACGAAGAUAGUUUUCGUACUUCGUUGUACUCGUUGAACAGACGUCUUUGUUUCUCCGCUGCUGGUCUUUUCGAUAUCAAAUUGUCAUUGCUCUGCUCGAUAGUCAAAGUGAUGUCAAAUUAUUUGAUAAUCCUUUUACAAUUUCCUUCAAGUUGAACGUUUCAAGAUAAGAUUAAUUAAAUCUAUCGUCUUGGAUAAAUAUUAUUCCUCGAAUAUUUUUCUCCUGUAUUUGCAUCUAGACGAUCAAGCAUACUUGAAACUACUUUCUGGUAAGUAGUGCAUGCAAAUAUGUUGAAUGAGCACUAGGGAAUAUACAGAGUGUUCCAUAAUUGUGAGGUGCAAUGGGACAAGAAAU